CGCAUUUAAAACACAUGGUAUUGCUCUUUGGCUGUGUGUGGUUUGGCAGCUUCAGAAGAAAGGACAUCGGUAGGGGGAUUUAAUAGGCAGGGGACUUGAUCACUUGACAGAUGGACAUUAAAAAAGGGAAAACGGGAACACGAGGAACAUAAAAAGCUGCACUUUGAGGCUGCAGGACCAGCAGCAGUGAAAGAAAGACAGGCAUUCAAGCCUCCUGGAACUCAAGAGGCAUCGAAAAACCACAGCGGGAAGAAAUGAAGACAGAUAGUGGUGAAUUUGCAAUACAGAUACUGUAACAUAGCACUUAUGAGGAACCUAGAAGUCUGAACACAGAGGCUUUUGUUUAGUUUAUCCAGCCACAGGCCUUUAACUAUAUCAUCGGCCUUGAAUCUAAAACUGAGUGUGUUGAUAAGAAGUCUUCAGGAUAACCUUCAUUUUCUUUUUGUCUGAGGUAAUUUGCAACGUUUAACUUGUAAUAGCCUCAGCAUUUAACUGGACAUCUCGGCUUCUCAUUAAAGCUUCAACAGGAAGAAGUGCUUGUUUUAAACACCCCCUUUCUCCAUUUGGCUUGAGGGUGUCUGUGACAGGUUACGCCUGGCUCACACACACGCACUCACAGACGCGUACACACACUAGUUUUCGUCUGUAAGACCAAGAGUUUGUUUUGGACAUACCUGGUCUGAGAGGACUUUGUGUUUGUGUGUGGUCUGAAGGACUCAGCUGGUCUGGGAAACCGAGUCAGAGAGGCAGCCAGCUCUAAGUGCUCUCUGCCAGCAGCAUAAGGAACCAAGAUCAUAUAGCUUCCUCAGAAAGAACAGCGAGAGUCAAAGGAUGAUGAUGAAGAUGAAACGGACUCUGUGGAGAAUUUCUUGCUUGGUGACUCUAGCGGUGGAGCUCAGCUGGAUACAUGUGGGUCACAGCGCACACAGGGAGGGAGCAAACAGGCGAGUAAUCAAACAGUGGGAAAGGAAGGUGCGGUCAUCCUCAAGCCUGGAUGAGCUGCUAAGACUCGCAGACUUUCCUGACUGGAAACUGUGGAAGUGUCGACUUAGACUACAGCAGCCAGAGACCCAGCCAGAGACCCUCACUUCUCCUCUCUCAGUGGGGUCACACCGUUCCACACGCUUUGCUGCUGAAUCCUACAGCUUGGAGAUUCUUACAGCCAUAGACGAAGAGUGGCAGCGUACACAGUGCAUGCCCAGGGAAACAUGUGUUGACGUGGCUAAGGAGCUGGGCACCGACCACUCAGUGUUCUUCAAACCACCUUGUGUGUCUGUCCACAGAUGUAGUGGCUGCUGCAAUCAAGAGGGCGUCACCUGCAGAAACACAACUACUGAAUAUGUCAAUAAAACUGUCCUCAGUGUAAUCCCAUUCAAGUUUGUACCAGAACCUGUGCUAGUAAAAGUUGCAAACCAUACAGAGUGCAAGUGUUUGGAGCCUGCAAUAAUAAGACGUAACGCUCAACCUCACAGGGGCAAUGGCUGUGCUUUGGGCCAGCUGUCACAGGCAGAGGACUCCAAGAGACUGUGUGCCAGUGGAUUCAUUUGGGACUGUUCAUCUGAAAGAUGCAUACCUUACCCUUCCAGUACACCAGAGCUUCCGCUCAGUCCGUGGAUGCCAGAUUGUGAGAUAGACGUGGAACGUUGUGACUGUCUUCCUAGAACUGAGCCAACACUCCAGUCAAGAACCACCCAUCGCUGUCAAGUGAACUCCUCUAUCUGUGCCCACAAGCAUCAACGCUUUGACGAGGCGUCAUGCAGAUGCAGAUGGCCCAAGUAGACGCCCACUGUGGAAUAAACGACCUGGCCUCCAAGGAUGUUUGGAGGCAGAAAAAAAAGACUUAUAAUUUAUUUACAGUCUUAUUUAUGCAGAUCACUUUAACUAAUUAUAUUAGCUCACAUGACCAUGUUAAUUGAUGUUUAACAUGCUUAAUUUUGUUUUAAUCAAUGUGUAAAAUUGAAGAUUUGUACAUUUGUUUUAUGCACUGAAUAGUUUAUAUUAAAAGACUAUUUUUAUAAUUUGAACUUAAUGUUUGGACUGUUUCAUAAGUAAUUAAAAAG